GGCAUCCUUGCAAAGAUGCACUGCUCUUGUGAGAAUCUAGACCAGUGCUUUUUGGAUGAGGAAGGCGGAUUCUUCUGGCUGGGGGGACCAGAUCCACUGGACUAUGUCAGCAUGUACAGGAACUUGGGAAACCCAGCCCUGAAUGUGCCUGAGCAUUGGCAUUAUGUCAGCUUUGGGUUAAGUGACUUGUACGGAGACAACCGAGUUCACGAAUUUACAGGAACAGAUGGGCCGAGUGGUUUUGGAUUCGAGUUGACGUUUCGACUAAAGAGAGAAACAGGGGAAUCAGCGCCACCUACAUGGCCGGCAGAGUUAAUGCAAGGCUUAGCCCGAUACGUCUUCCAGUCAGAAAAUACCUUCUGUAGUGGCGACCAUGUAUCGUGGCACAGUCCUUUGGACAACAGUGAAUCCAGAAUCCAGCAUAUGUUGCUGACUGAAGAUCCUCAAAUGCAACCAGUACAGACCCCUUUCGGGAUUGUUACUUUCCUACAGAUUGUUGGGGUUUGCACGGAGGAGCUGCAUGCGGCACAGCAGUGGAACGGACAGGGGAUCUUGGAACUGCUUCGGACUGUGCCCAUAGCUGGAGGCCCGUGGCUGAUAACGGAUAUGCGAAGAGGAGAGACCAUAUUUGAGAUUGAUCCGCAUCUGCAACAGGAGAGAGUCGAUAAAGGGAUUGAGACAGAUGGCUCGAACCUGAGUGGAGUGAGUGCCAAAUGCGCCUGGGAUGAUCUGAGCCGGCCCCCAGAGGAUGACGAAGACAGCAGAAGCAUUUGCAUUGGAACGCAGCCACGACGGCUGUCCGGGAAAGAUACAGAGCAAAUCAGGGAGACUUUGCGGAGAGGGCUCGAGAUUAACAGCAAACCUGUUCUACCUCCAAUAAAUGCACAAAGACAGAAUGGGUUGAAUCAUGACCGAGCACCAAGCCGUAAGGAUAGUUUAGAGAGCGAGAGCUCGGCAGCUAUCAUUCCUCAUGAGCUGAUCCGCACAAGACAGCUUGAGAGCGUCCACCUGAAAUUCAACCAGGAGUCCGGUGCCCUGAUCCCACUGUGUCUAAGGGGCAGGCUGCUACAUGGACGGCACUUUACAUAUAAAAGCAUUACAGGGGAUACCGCAAUCACGUUUGUAUCGACGGGAGUAGAAGGAGCCUUUGCUACCGAGGAGCAUCCUUAUGCAGCACAUGGGCCUUGGUUGCAAAUCCUGUUGACGGAAGAGUUCGUAGAAAGAAUGCUGGAAGACUUGGAAGAUCUGACUGCUCCAGAGGAGUUUAAACUUCCCAAAGAGUACAGCUGGCCUGAAAAGAAACUGAAAGUCUCCAUCUUACCAGACGCUGUAUUCGACAACCCCCUGCCUUAGAGCUGACUGACACCCUUCCGACAUCUGGGAGAGCCAAGUUACUCCACGUUGCCCCGGGACUCACAGGAUAACGAAUGCAAUAAGAACGAUACCUUCAAAUAAAGGGGAUUGCUGCACAACCACUACAACCAGAAGAGGAGUCGUCCCCCCCCCCAACCCUGGCAGAACUGAACAAUGCUGAGAACCGUUCUUCCCUCGUGCCAGGAACAGCCUGCGAAUGUUUGAGUGCGAGUGAGAAAUAUUUAACUAUGAAAAGUAGUGGUAAGAAUCUGUGGCCUAGUCUAGCUGGCUACAAAGGUCCCUGCAGUUGUAGCCUAGGGGGUCUGUACUUUGUACGCCUACAGUUACACGUCCACGCCUGCAGGUACAAGCGCAGAAUCAAGGGAUGGACUGUCCCAUACGUGACUCUGGAAUCCUUCUCGUUAGCCGCAUUUCUCCCAGCUGCAGAACUCUUCCUCCACGCGCUGGUUUCUCUUUUCACACACGGAAUGGUGCUCGUGGAGGCCAGACGCUCGGGUGUAAAGUGAACUGUCCCGUUUAGUAGAAAACUACCCAAACGCCCCCUACAAGGGUUCAGAAAGGGCCGAGUGUUGAGCUCCAUGUGGUGAGCUCUGGUAUCACUGCAAACAGGCAACUUGCUUCUCGCACCCUCUGGCCUGGCGUCUGAAUGCAUGAGCCCCGGAGGAGGUUGUGACCUUUGCUUUUGCUCAGGCGGGAGGAAGAGAGGCUACGGGCGGGGGAGGAGACCUCCUGAUUACAGAAUGCUGCUCUCUAAAGGGACGCUGUCACGGCCUUUUCCCCUGCCAUUGUGCAGAAUCCCUUCGGGCCCCGGCAGUGGGAAAGGCUCUGUGUGCUCAGAGGGGCCGCUCUCCAGGAACCGGGGGCUGCCCUGAAUGGCUUAAAAUGGAGACUCUGUCCACCCUCCGUCACCAGAGCGGAGCCGCCAGCGGAGUCCUAGAGGAAAGCCCUGCAAACACACCCUGCCGGGGACCUGCUCACCCCACCGUUGUGCUUGGCACGAUUCCAGCUUGCCAGACUGCGUUGGACGAC